AUGAAAGCAACCGAGCCUAAAGGCCAAAAGCUGCACAUCAGCGAACAGCCUGUUACCUUGACUAACUGGCACAAACAUGUCAACUGGGUCAACACCUCCCUCAUCUUGAUCGUGCCAUUCUUUGGCUGCAUCGCUGCAUUUUAUACCAAGUUGCGAGCUAUCACUGCCGCUUGGGCUAUUCUCUAUUACUUAUGGACCGGACUGGGUAUCACUGCUGGCUAUCAUCGCCUUUGGGCACACCGUUCAUACGAAGCAGGUCUCCCUCUCCAAAUCUUCCUCGCAUGCGUCGGCGGUGGUGCAGUACAAGGUUCCAUUCGAUGGUGGAGCGCUAAACAUAGGGCACACCAUCGAUGGACCGAUACAGUCAAGGACCCCUACAGUGUUAUGAAGGGAGUGUGGUACUCGCACUUCAUGUGGAUGGUGCUAAAACAGAACCCUAAGAACCGCGGCCGAACAGAUCUUUCGGACUUGAAUGAGGAUCCUAUUGUCGUUUGGCAGCAUAAGAAUUAUGGCACAGUCAUUCUCGUCUUUGGAAUGCUGUUCCCAAUGGUUGUGGCAGGACUAGGAUGGGGUGAUUGGAAGGGUGGCCUAAUUUAUGCCGGAAUCCUUCGGUUCUUGUUUGUUCAGCAGGCUACUUUCUGUGUCAAUUCUCUUGCCCACUGGCUGGGUGAACAGCCAUUUGAUGAUAGAAACUCUCCUCGCGACCAUGUUGUCACCGCACUGGUGACCCUGGGCGAAGGCUAUCACAAUUUCCACCAUGAAUUCCCCUCUGACUACCGAAAUGCCAUCGAAUGGUGGCAGUAUGAUCCCACCAAGUGGUCAAUCUGGAUGUGGAAGCAGCUCGGCCUCGCAACUAACCUGAAACAAUUCCGGGCAAACGAGAUUGAAAAGGGCCGUGUGCAGCAACUCCAGAAGAAGGUCGACCAGAAAAGAGCCAAGCUUGAUUGGGGUGUCCCUCUAGAACAGCUCCCUGUUGUUGACUGGGACGACUUCAUUGCUGAAGCGCAGAGUGGUAAAGCUCUUGUGGCUAUCGCUGGCGUUGUCCACGAUGUAACCGACUUCAUCAAAGAACAUCCUGGUGGUAAAACCCUCAUUUCGUCGGCUCUCGGCAAAGAUGCCACUGCCAUCUUCAACGGCGGUGUGUAUAGCCAUUCCAACGCUGCGCACAACCUUCUCUCCACAAUGCGGGUCGGGGUAAUUCGAGGCGGUGGGGAGGUUGAGAUCUGGCGCAAGAGUGAGAAGCAGAUAUUAAGUCAAUACACGUAG